UAAUAUCAUGACAGAGCUAGUGUCUACUGCACAUGCGCGGUGCUUCCAUGCGUUCGAAGUGCUUAUCCAUGCACUCGCACAACCGGCGCACAACUUGCCGGAUGGAAUCCAAAUGUCUGACAUCCAGAACGAGCUCGAAAAGUAUUCCAUCUGGGCGGGAAAUGUGGGUGCUGCUCAUUCUGGAGAGCGAUACAGACUAUCCUUGGACUAUCGAUUGCGCGAAGCGUCAUUUAUGAAGGAACAUGUCCUCAAGCUCCUCUCAUCGCUGGAAGAAAGGCUCGCUGCUGGAACUGCACUGCUUCGCGGUAACCGUAUACCUUCUGAAACACAGACUGAAGAAACUGAUUCCGAGGUUUCGACAUCCUCUGAUAUGGAAGGAGAGGAUGGUUCCGAGGAUUCCUCUUGGGAGAUCUCCUCUGAUUCUAACAGCGAGAAUGACACUUCAUCCUCAGACCGGCAGACCCGUUUGAACUCGGAAGAACCUGCUAAGGCAAUAAAUGACCUGGCCAUCACAUCUGGAUCAAUCUCAGAGAUCCAGAGGCUGGUGGAAUCAAUCAAAUUCACCGUCCUUUGUCUGUAUCGGCUUCCUAUCCGGAAACCUGCACCUUUGGAUCGUAUUAGCAACAACCCAUUGGCAGGCUCUGAAACAUACCAGCAUUUCGACUGUAUGUACACCAGAGAUAAAUUCCCGGUUCUUGACGAGAAAAUCGCAGCGCGACUGGGAAAGAUGAUUACGCGACGACGCCAAAUUCUUCAUUAUCGGGAGACUCACAAACAGAGACUGGAUGCUCCAAGAGUACAGCAAGAAAUCUCUCCCAUACCUAAAGUCUCUCCCAAUCCUACCUUGGCGAAAGAUUUCACAAAAUUCGCCGCAGAAGAUAGUGCUAGCCGGUUUGCAUCGAGUCAGGCCACUAGCAGUCAUUUCACAAAGGCAACCACUGUGCGGCCCGGAGACCUGCCACUUUUCAACCCUGCAAAACAGACAGAAGCACUAUUUACACCUUCAAUAGCGGAGUCAAAGUCUUCAAUGGCAAGUAGCUACGCUGGAAAAGAUCUCCGCGUCGAUGUUCCCCCUAGACCAAGAGAUGAAAACGGACAAGAGCUCGACUUCUUUGAGUGUCCAUAUUGUCUAUUGACCAAGAACAUUGGAAACGGGCGAAAGUGGAAGAAGCACGUGUUAGAGGACCUUCAACCUUACGUGUGUACGUACGGCGACUGCGAUCUAUACGACCAAUUUUUCGAAAGUCGAAACAGCUGGUUCACUCAUGAAGCUCAGUACCACCGCGCAAAGUGGUUCUGCAAUGUUGAUGAACACCCUGAAUACGGUACAGAAACAGACUUCCUAUUACACAUGAAAACGGAUCACAAUCAGAAGUUUGACAAUACCCAAUUCGAUCUCGUCAAAAACAUGUUUCGUCGACCCACAAAGAGUCUUGAAGGAACGUGCAAUUUGUGUCACCGAGACUCGAAGAAUCUCAGAAGCCAUAUUGCUCGCCAUCUUGAGAAAAUCGCCACUUUCGCAAUCCCGCGACUCAACGAGACGUCAGGGAGUGAGCGGGCCGAGCGUGAUUCUGGAUCGUCUAGAUAUCAAGAGGAUCAACGAGAUGAGAGUGAUUCUUCUGAAAGCAACCUGUCCACUGAAACCGCUCCAUCAGAUCGGGACUCUGCUGCUAAUGACCUUACCGAGACGCCUGACAUCGACGAGGACUACGAUAAAGGAAAUGAUGUUCCCGAUGCUGUGGGCGAUCAGACAUGGGAUGAUGUUACCGAUAAAUUUUCCAAGGCUAGGAAAAGAAUUUACCGACCGUUACGGGUAUUGCUAUACAGAUUGGAUGAAGAGGAUAAGGAACGUAUGAUACUGUUGAUGCAUAGAUUGCGUUUUCAGCUACCCAGCAUUGACAAUCAGACGGAUUUCAGCUAUUUCAUCAGGGAACUGGCAAAUGAAUCCAAACCGGAUGUGAUCGUUGUUGGCGAUGUUUCAUGGAUGCCGUUGGAUCUUACUCUGAUUGAUAUUCGCAGUGUUACCGAUGCCCCAAUCAUCGUUGUUAGCAGUGCGACGCGUACAGACUCGUUUCCAGAUGUACCCAUCCGUACCAAAGUUAUCGAACUCAAUCGACACGAUAUGGAAGAGGCGCUCGGGGAGUUUUGUCAAUGGGAACCAGACCCGCUUGGCUGGCCUUCAUCAACGCCAAUUCAUACAUUGGAGGGACUCUCAGACCCUGCAAUAGUCGAAGCCGUACAUUUGAAGUCUCUUGAGAUCCACCAGACCUGCGAAGACUUUUGGCGUAAUAUGGAGACUCAAAGGCACGAAAUCGACCGCUUGAUGCGUAAGAUGGGUAACUUCACUGAUGCCUUGCAUGAUCUACAGUUUCAUCCUUCAAGCAUCUCAUCGAUCAAAUCUGUAAUUCUCGGAUACUACCAACAAAUACAGGAGAUUGCAAUGGAGUGUGACAGAGAGGAAGUUCGAUACAUCUUCAGAGAAUCCGACCCUCAGUCUCUGCAAUGGCCGUUAGUGACAGAAGAUGUAGACCUGAUCAUGAAAAACCUCGAGGAACAGUAUGCUUGUCUUUUGGCAGGGUUCCCGCCAUCACGAGAUAUACAACCCGAUACGUCCGAGAAUGUUAUUCUCAAGAUUUUGCAGAAUCUAGAUAACCUGGACAAUCUUUUCGCAACUGCUGUCGUCAGCCGUGGAUUCUAUCGCGUAUUCAAGCGGAACGAGUUGGAUCUCAUGAAACGUAUGGUCUGGAGGAUGUCGCCUCCUGCUUGGGAGUACCUCGAAACCUGCUGUGAACUGGACGAACCUCGACAGGAAUACACUGCGACAUCGUACUACGGGAAACAUACAGAAAUGGUGAGAGUUUUCCAAGAUGCCAAGCGCCUCUUCGGGGAAACAUGUCCGCCGGACAAACUACCCAAGAAUUUUUCUGAUAUGCAAAGAAAAGUUUCAUGGGAAUAUCAGCGCUUUGAUGAUGCACUUUGGAGGAUUGAGACAUUCUGCAAAGUCUUUAGCUUACGCAAGGAUGGGCUGCACAUAGUUCCAAUGAAUCACAUGACAGCUCAAAUGGACUGGUUGCGAGGCGGAACGCUGAUGCACCAAAGGUUCUUCACAGCAAAGUCUCGCCAUACGAACGACAUUCUUGCUCGGAACCCAAGUUGUUUUGGAAAAGGCAAUGUGGGUGGCUUGGACCAAAAGCAAUUCGAGGAAUUGACGGCGUUCUGGGACUGUUUAGUGUCACUUCUGGAGCAGCAUUCCAGUUACAACGUCGAAUGGGCCGCGUCAUACGGCAUCUUCAAGGGUGCGACUUCUGGAAGCCUUAUUGAAGAAAGUGUUGAGGGUGACUUGGAAUGGAUGCUAAAUGAGUGGUACUACUGGCUCGCGACACAUGGCGUUUCUACCAUCCUCGAUAUCACUCAGUCCUGCCAAAACCGGAACAUCUUUGCAGUGGCCGAAAUGAAGGGUCUUCACAAAUGGGAUUGGCCCGCCCUAGGUGAUACGCGCCGUGGUUUUCUCAAAGAAGCCGUCUCUCUGGGUCUUCUAGAGCUAGACACCCCUAAGUUUAAAUUCUCCGGAACAUUCAGACACUAUGAGCAUGCACUUCGCAUAGCCAUUGAGGAAAAUCGAGAAUGGGCUGUGAUGUUACUGCUCGAUUUAGGAGCAGAUUUCGAUGAAGAGGAUCUUCAAACAGCUGUCUCUGCAGGACACGAAUUGAUCGUGAAGCUGCUGCUUAAGAACGGCGUCGUCUUCUCAAUGAUGAAAAUGAGAGGAUCAACGCUUUUAGCUACGGCGGCGAGUAACAACCAUAUCGGUAUGGUCAAGCUGCUCCUGGAAUACGGUGCCGACAUCAAUGUGGUAAGCGCCUAUGAUAGGCCAAUUCUCGCCAUAGCAGUCCGCAAUCACAACGUUGAAUUGACACGAUUAUUACUCGACAAAGGAGCGGAUUUGACAUAUAAGAAUGUAAACAACUGGACGUUGCUCACAAUGGCAGCUGCUGGCAAUGACGAGGAGUUAGUUAGGUUGCUACUCGAAAGGGGAGCAGAUGUCAUCGCCGACGAAAAGGUUUGGACCUCUCUACAUGCAGCAGCCUUUCACGGAAAUAUUAAUCUAGUUAAGCUUCUGAUAGAGAAAGGAGCAGACAUAUUAGCUGAAGACGCAUUGGGAAAGACAUCCCUUGGGCUCGCAGCUGGCGGUCACAAUCCCGAGAUUCUCAAACUGCUGCUGAAGAGUGGUGCUUACCAGAUCAUGGAAAACGAAGACUCGAAGGGAUGGACACCUUUCCACAUAGCCGUUAAAGCAGGGAAUGUCGAGAUGGCAAGGUUACUUUACGAGAGAGGGGUGAACAUAUCAUUGGCAGGUCCCAAAAAAAGAACGCCCCUCAACUUGGCUGCCCGCGAGGCAAACCCCGAAAUGGUCGAAUUUCUCAUCAACUGCAAUGUGGAUGUCAACGUUCCUGAUCAAACCUACGGGACUUUUCUGAAUUAUCUUGCCUUCAGAGGGCAUACGCAGCUUCUAAGACUUGCCUAUGAUAAACACGGCGGUGAUAGGAAUCUUAAAGACGCUUACGGUCGUACACCACUUCUCCUUGCAGCUGUAGCAGGUGCAGGAGACACCUUACUCCAUCUUUUAGAGACGGGCCUUGAUACGAACGUUACAGACGAGAAAAGGGAUAGUCUUAUAUCGUAUGCCGCUUGUGGAGGCAUUGUGUGGGUCCUGAAUAGGGUGACGAGUCGGCCGGACCACCCAAAUUGGAGCCCUCUACACUGGGCUUACAGGACAGGCCAGAAGCAAUUUGCAGAGGCAUUGAUGGCCGAAGGAUAUCGUAGCGACGAGCGCGUUGUGCUUCCUGAUGGGUCAUCCUGGGAUUCAGUUUCCAUUGGUCGUUAUCAUGAUCAAAAUCAUAUGUUCGAUGAGACGGAGAGUGAGCUCGAGAUCGGCGUCAAGACAGCUGCCAUCUGCCACAGCUGCAUGCUAACAAUUUACGGGCCCAGACAUUUCUGCAAGACAUGCAGACCAACCGGCUGGACCGAAUACUGUUUCAUGUGCGAACCGUUCCUAGGACAUUUGCAUCCCGGCCACGAGUGGGUGCUAACGCCACGCAAACCUCCAACUGCGAUAUUGCCCUACACGGGCGCAAUCAAAGGGGUUUAG